AUGUCAAUAUAAAGAGAAUGGCAGAAAUUUGUUAGACCACCUCGAUAUAAUUAUAGUUACUUUGAUCUAGGUUAUUUAUUUCUUAUUAACAUAUUAGGUCCUGAAUACAUUUAACUACAUUAAGGUUAUCUACGGAAACAUGAAAAGAUUAUUACUAAUCGUUAAAAUUGCAAAUUAUAAAUGUCAUACUUUGAAUUGAAUCCAAAAACUUCUAAUUGUAUUGUUUAUUGUCAUGGCUAUAAUGGAUGUAGAAUAGAAGGCAUUAAAUAUGCUUCAAUUGUAGCAUAAUUUGGCUUUAACUUUUGUACAUUUGAUUUCUAAGCAUGUGGUCAUUCUGAAGGAGAUUUCAUCACUUUUGGGUAUGAUUUAUAAUUAAACUAAUAGACAUCUUGAGAAGGAUGAUAUAACAUCUAUAUUACAUGAAUUAGAAAUCCAAUUUCAAUAGAAAUAAUUUAUUUUAUGGGGAAGAUCUUUAGGUGCCACUACCAUUUAAUUAAAAGAAUAACCUAAUGUUAAAGGAUUGGUAUUGGAUAGUUGUUUCACCAAUUUCAAUAAAUUAGCAAUUAGUAUAAUUCAAAAAUAAACUCGAUUACCUAAAUUCAUAAUCAAGGCAAUCAUCUACUUAACCAAAGGAUCAAUUGAAGAAGAAGCAGGAUUUCAAUUUAAUGAUAUCCAAGUUUAAUGUAAUUCAAAUAUGCCUACUCUCUACAUUUGUAGUGACAAAGAUUCUCUUAUAAAGGCUAAAAAUAGUUUAAAAUUGUAUAAGUAACACAAAGGAAUUAAGAAAUUGAUCAAAGUAGAUGGAGAACAUAAUGAUUCUAGACCUCUAGAAAUCAUUCAACAAAUUUGUUCAUGGUGUAAGGACAGAGUGCAAAUACAAUAAAACAAUUAUAUAUAAUACAAUUCAGUCCCUCAAGUGGCUAGAUUGCCAUUAGAAUUAAUCUAUGAUUCUAAUAUUUAGAGUGGGAUGUAAUCUUCAUACAAUAGGAUUCCCAAGAAUCCUGCCAUCAAAUUAAAAAAUUAAAUAAGUAUCUAGUUAAGAACAAGCUGUAGAAAUUUACAUAGUGCAGUAUAAUACUGA